UUUGUGCAGCGGCGGCGGCUGUUUGUUGUCUGUGGCGGCAACGCACAAACACAUAUAUAUAUAUAUAUAUAUAUUUAUAUAUAUAAGCACAGUGGACAAGUAAAGCAAUUAUGGAGAACGUGCUAUUUGCCAAUGUGCAAAACCUGUAUGAUAAUGGGCUCUACGAGUGCACAAUACCCGUGGCAAGCCUGCUGGCAACGGUACUGCAGAACGAUCGCAAUGUGGCCACACUGGAAAUGGAGUACCAAACGAUGCUGUAUUUGAGCAGUGCCAAUUACAAGGAGCGCAACUAUCGGCUCGCCUGCAGUCAGCUGGAAGGCGUGCUGAAGCAACGCAAGACAAUGUGGCGCUACAAGAGCUACCAUCUAUCGGCCAUCGAAAGCUCCUACACACAGUUCCAGGAUGCAGAGCUCCGUUAUCGCAUAGCGAAAUGUUAUCGCGAGAUGGGUGACGACCAAAUGGCGAUCAGUGUACUGCAGGCGACCAAAAGUCGGACACCAAAGUUAAAUAUGCUGAUGGCCAAGCUGCAGCUGCAUCAUGCACGCUACUUGACCAAAACGCAAAAAGCCGCCGCCUACAAGGAUGUGUUGCGUGAUUGUCCCAUGUCCUUGACGGCCAUCGAGGCGCUCAUCGAACUGGGCAUCGAGGGCAGCGAGGUGCAUUCCAUGGUGGUGAAUGCUUCCAACAUGUCGAAGCACAUCGAAUGGCUGAGCAGCUGGAUCAAGGCACACGCCCAAAUGUAUGGCUGCAAGCAUCUGGAGGCGGCCAAGACAUUUCAGCAGCUCAAUGAGACGACAUUGCUGCGCCAAAACCAUCAUCUGUUGACCAACAUUGGCAAGUGUCUCUACUACUAUGGCAACUUUAUACAGGCGGAACUGUAUCUGGAAACGGCCGCCCGGAAUAAUACAUACAACAUGAACGCGAUAGGCCUGCUCGCCGUUGUCUAUGAGUACAAUGGCAAAAAGAAUGUGGAGCAGGAGACAUUGAUUGCACCAAUCCGGACACGCAGCACCGGUGAAUUCAAGUCACCGCAUUGGUUCCUCUUGGCCCAAUUGGCCUACGCCAAUUCCAAGUAUGAGCGUGCCCUGAUCUACACGGAUCGCGCUCUCGAUAUCGAUCCGCGCAACAUGGAAGCCCUGCUGUUGCGUGGCAAACUCUUUGGCGGCCUUGGACGCAACGAGGAGGCAAUUCAGGCGUUCCGCACUGCCCAAUGUUUGGGGCCGUAUCGCUUUGAGAUCUACAAGGGGCUGUUGGCCUGCUACAUCAGACAGAAGCGCAUGAAGGAGUCACACAAUAUGUGUGCGCUUGCAGUGCGCUAUUUCAGCACCUCACCACGCAGCUACACCAUGUUUGGUCACACACUCUUUCACUCCAGCAAUCCGCAGGUAAAGAAGAGCGCCAAGAAAUUCGUAGAGAAGGCCCUGCAAAUCGAUGAGCACUAUGCCCCAGGCAUUGCACUGAUGGCGGGCAUCUUUCAGCAUGAGGGAGCCGCACAGGAGGCGAUUGGUUUGCUCCGCAAGCAGGUCACCAAUUAUCCGCAUCCAAAGCUAUUUGCCAUGCUCGCCGAGCUGUUGAGCAGCGAAAAGGAUCUCGAUGGUGCCCUGCACUUUUACAUGAAGGCACUCAGAAUGGAGCCCACUUUCCGACGCGCCUUAGACGGCUUCGAUGCACUGACGAAGGUGGCACGCAGCGCCAACGCCGCCACCGCCAAUGCGGCGACCAACAAGCCAAGCGAGACAAGCGCCGCCAGCUGCGCCAGCGGGAGUGGAAGUGGGAGUGGGAGUGGCAACAUCAGUGUUACGGCGAGUACAAGCAGCAGCAGUUCCAGCAAUCAAAAUGCCAACAAUGUGACCAGCAGCGGUGGUCAGAGUUCUGGCAGCGGAAUGAAUACGUCGGCGGUAUCGACGGCAUCGACGGCGACAGCGACAACAGCAGCAACAUCAGGGUCAGCCUCGGCGACGGCAACGACGACGACGACGGCGUCAGGAACAAUGGCAACGCCAUGUGGGACACCGAAUCAUGAGUGGCUGCUCGACUGCGAGGAGAUGUCCAAUGAUGUGCUAGAGUUGUCAUCGCCGGCGGUGGCCCAAGAGGAUGGCGAUUUCGAUACGUUCUCCGAUGAUCCCUUUUGGCAGGACAUCGAUGUGGAUAUAACAAAUUAAUUUCGUCGUUUUUCAUCAUCAUUUACAUUUUUUUUUUCUUAUUUAUAAUUGUAUAAGCUAGAAUUGCAUUCAUUCCGCGCAAAACAAAAACAAAUUCCUCACGAAUCUCCUUUUCGCCAACUUUUAACUUAUUCUCCCCAUUCCUUCUCGCCAAGUGCGCGCAAAAAAGAAAAAACACACACAGAAAACGAUUUGCAAAAUCCGUUUUGAAAAAUGUUCCAUAUUUAUGCAUUAAGUUCUCGCGAUUGUUACAGCCUUUAAUGGUAUUAUGAAAAAAAUUGAAU